GCUUGGCUUUGACGACUAUAGACCUAGAUCAAGGCUUUUUGUUGUGGCUUAGGUUCGCGUGCAUGCUUCGAUUUGCUCAGCCCCUACCUAGCCUUGUGGCUCUAGCAUCCCGAUCUCUGGGACUCAUAAGGCUGUGAGUCUGAGCAGAAGCAUAGCUAGACGGCCAUUGCAUAGCCUGAAUAGGGUUAUCUCGCGCAUGCCCAGGCAGUGGUAAACCGCCAUGAGCAAGAAACGAUCGCUCUUUGUGAGAGAAAACCCAAUGUCGUCACUGGACCUUGGAUAUCAGCUGCCCGAGAAGCCCAGCAAGCGAGGGACUCUCUGCAGAGAUGGACAUGUCUUUACGUUCAAGGAGAGCGAUAUCAUGACCCGAGCAACCGAAUACGAGAAAUACAGCAAAGGCGGUAUCAGCUUGACCGGUCUACCCAAGUUCGACGACCUCAAAAAUUACGGCAUCUCCUCAGCCACGGAGAAGCACCUCUGGUUACUAGAGAUACGGCGAUUGAGAGCAGACGCAGCCUCCGAAGAUGCGUUAAUCUUCAAUAGCAAUGGAAUUUUCGACCGGACAGACUCAACGACAUUCGAGAACCUCUCAAACCUUGCGGAUCAAAUCACAUGCAACUUCUCAAUCAUAGUUCACGACAACGCUCUCCACAUCCUCGAGCAUUGCCGCUGGAUCGGAACUCUUUCGACAGCAGUUCGAAACUUCAAAGGCGCUAGAACGCGACUCACGACCCGAUUUGAACAAGACGAGGAAAAAGUGAGGGCUCGUCGCCCAAAGCUGCUCGAAGAUCCAGAAGCGAACCGGAAGGUAUACUUCGCACUUGUCGAUUAUAUUACAAGCCACGUCGCUAGACUCGUGGUUCGCUCUGCAACAAGCGACUUUUGGAACAACCAUUCCCUCGCUAUCUUGGCUAAAUGGUCCGCUAAGCUGAAAAUUCUAUCGUACAACCCUGCUCAGUAUUCCUCUCUUUCUCUGGAUGCUGCUGAAGACUUACUAGCGCGGAUGACCGAUAGCGAAGCGAAAGAAAACCUGAAAGUGUUAAAGGUCCGCGCUACGGAUGUGGGCCCCGAAAGCAAGGACGACCUCGAUAUCGACUCGCAAGCCGAAGCGGACAUCACAGGUUACUACUUCCAAGACCACAACGGGCUGCAAGUAAGACUAGCCAACCUCUUCAAUUAUGCAGCGUUCGCAUUGUAUGCGUCGGAGAAGACGGGUAAUCCGCCCAACUGCUUCGAGGUGUGCACACUGGUAUACGAGACGGGUCUCGAACGAAGCUUGACAGUGAUAUCGAACGACCGCCGAGGAGACGUAGCCGCAACCUCCGAUACCACACAUGUUACUUGCAGCUACACCGCCUUCCAAAAUCUCAUGAAGAACGUUGAGCUUCUCAAGUCGGAGCGUCAACCGCCCCGCGAUGAUACGCGUGAGCAAACAAACAUCCGCUGGCAAUGGGCGGAGGGUAUACAAGGCACGAUUUCGCCAGUUCAAAACUUCCGUACAUCACGGUUCGACGACAUCGUAUCCAUUAUGGUGCCCCUAGCAUUGACUGACCCACAUACUGGGAUUGAACUCGGUAACAUGCUAGACUUUGCGACGGGCAACAGCGAGGAAGAAGACCCCGUGAUACAAUUUGAGCGGAAACAUUUUACGGCCAAAUUUGUCGUCACGACUGCGGCAUGGCAAGACAAACAGCAUAAGCUUAAAUUCGCCAACGCCGCUCAUGGGCCUGAUCUGGAUGUUCUUCCCGUAUCGAGAAGUCCACUGAGCAGAACAAUUCGCGCCGGCACCAGCUUUGCGGACAUCUUGAACUCACCGUUAGAACAAACGAAGACUGAUCUUGCAUCAUCUGGUAGUAUACCGGAGAGUCCAAAUCGAAGCAACGCCUCAAAGCAAAAGUCAGCAGAGAUACGUAUGAACGGUUGGAUCAUCUCUGAGCUGACAGUAACACUCAAAUGUUACCGCUACGUCUAUACUAUCCUAACGUUGUGUGUCCUGCUUAUCUGCGGCGCGACCGCGGUCCCGUUUUCCGUGCAGAACCGGCUCAAAGGCGUCGACCCAUUCAACAUCACCACAUUCGCAUGGCUACUCGCCGGUUUCAUUCUCGUGGUAGCAAAGUCGCGCUAUGUCUGCGAAUGGCCAUGGCAUGACUUCUUACGGGGACGCGUGAUAUGCAAGUCGAUCAAAGAGGUGGCAGAGGUGACCGGAAUCGAUGAUCAGCUGAUCCUAACGAGCUUACUCCACAAUGAGAGAGACACUGCACUCAUAACAAAAGGCCCAUAUAAUGGCAUGUUCGAGAGACGAGCCGAAUCGGGGAACGAGGGUUUCAGUAUUGAUGUCCCAUGUCAGCUAUCGACGAUGCUCGCCAGCGGGUUCAUUGUUCUGAAAGUUUUGUCGUCAAAGGGCGAAAGAUUGAUCUGUCUGGACGUAAGGAAAGGUUCAGAGUGGGAAUCUGGGGCGGCGAUGAGACAUGCUCAUUUGGAGUAUCUGACGUGCAUGGAUCUGGAGGAUAAGAGCGAUGUCGAGGAAGAGGCUCAGCAGCAUCUUGAUGGCACGGGCAGGAAGAAGAUCUUGAGGCUUAGCAGGGUUUACUUCAUGUGGACGAGGGUGCUAGGUGUGUACAUCAAAGACUCGUUGUUCGGUUAGUUCGAUAGUGCUCGAUGAUAGGAUUAAGUCGUUGAGGUGGCAAACAGCCUCGGUUGCAAGACAAGCGAUGAUCCACAGAUAAGCUUCCUAGCAACCGAGGCCUAGAAAUGGUAUCACGGUAAACCCACACCUUCUUGUUACCGGCACACCAUGAAGUACACAAACUUCAGAUUCGCUGCCAGGUCCGGAAGUCUCGAAUGCGCGGACGAAGUACCUUUUUAGAUCUUGCAUCGAGG